CGGGGCGGGCAGCGGCAGCAGCCGCUUGGCUCGCAUCCCCCGGCGGGAGCCGGCCCCUUCCCGCGGGGGCAGCGCCGACCCUGCCGUGUGACAGCCGGGGGGGGCCGCUGCUGCUUCGGCGAGCCCGGCUGCGGCGCGGCGGCUGCUGCCAUGUGUUUCUCCGCCUGCCAGUGACACAAUAACACGGGAAGCGGCGGGAGGGAUCCGAGCCUGCCGACGGGAAAAGUGACCUGAGGCGCUCAGGCCGGCGGCGAUGGAGGAGGGCAUGAGCAGCAUGCAGCAGAAAGCGGCGGAGCUGGAGCACAUGGCCGAGGUCCUGCUCACCGGCGAGCAGCUCAGGCUCCGACUGCACGAAGAAAAGGUCAUUAAGGAUCGGCGACACCACCUCAAAACGUACCCGAACUGCUUCGUUGCCAAAGAGCUGAUUGACUGGCUGAUCGACCACAAAGAGGCUUCUGACAGGGAGACAGCCAUCAAACUGGUGCAGAAAUUACUGGAUCACAGCAUUAUCCACCAUGUCUGUGAUGAGCAUAAAGAAUUCAAGGAUGUCAAACUGUUCUACCGCUUCAGAAAAGAUGAUGGGACAUUUCCACUGGACAAUGAGGUGAAGGUGUUCAUGAGAGGACAAAGACUGUAUGAAAAGCUGAUGAGUUCUGAAAACAGCCUUCUGCAAGCCAGGGAAGAGGAAGGAGUGAAGUACGAGCGGACCUUUGUCGCGUCGGAGUUCGUGGAGUGGCUGGUGCAGGAGGGAGAGGCGGCGACGCGGAGCGAGGCGGAGCAGCUCGGCCGCCGGCUGCUGGAGCACGGCAUCAUCCAGCACGUGUCCAACAAGCACCAUUUUAUGGACAGCAACUUGCUCUACCAGUGCAGAAUGAAUUUCCGGCGGCGGAGGCGAUUAAUGGAGCUCCUCACUGAGAAAUCUCGCCUGAUGCCAGAAAGCCAUGACAGCCCCUUUUGCCUGCGCAAGCAGAACCAUGACAACAGGAAACACACCAGUUUUCUCUCAGUGAGUCCCACCAAGGAGAUAAAGAUCGUGUCGGCAGUGAGGAGGAGCAGCAUGAGCAGCUGUGGCAGCAGUGGGUACUUCAGCAGCAGCCCCACGCUCAGCAGCAGUCCCCCUGUGCUCUGCAACCCCAAAUCUGUAUUAAAGAGACCUGUGACUGCUGAUGAGCUCUUGAUGCCUGGAGCCCCUUAUGUUAGAAAAACUUUUACGAUCGUUGGCGAUGCCGUGGGCUGGGGCUUUGUGGUGCGGGGCAGCAAACCCUGCCACAUCCAGGCUGUGGACCCCAGUGGGCCAGCGGCCGCGGCUGGGAUGAAGGUUUGCCAAUUUGUCGUGUCUGUCAACGGCCUCAAUGUUCUCCAUGUGGAUUACAGGACAGUAAGCAACCUCAUCCUGACAGGCCCUCGAACAAUUGUGAUGGAAGUGAUGGAAGAAGUGGAGGCCUGAGAAGGCACAAAAUCCCUAUUACUGGACAUUUUUGUGAGACAAAUAGCAACAGCCAUGGAGUGUCAUGACACAAGGCAGCAGAAUAUUGCUGUCUCUAAAGAGAUGAUUUUGCUUUUAGGGGAGGGGGCUCUCUUUCCUUUAACAAUAAUAGCACUGGUGAUUAUGCUAAGAUGUGAACAAUAGAUACCAGCUUAUUUUCACUACGGACUGCUCUGUGCCCAACAGAGAUAAGAUCAGGGCCUUUAGGUGGUCUGUCCAGCCAUGGCUGCAUCGGUCAGAAUGGGUUCCAGCCUUAGAGGCCGAACACAUUUACUCACAGUCCACUGCUGGAUCAAAGCACUUCAGGAGGUGAAAGAGCCAAGCACUGUGGGAUCAGGGUGUCACAGAUGGUUUCCAUGAGAUACUGGAUACACCAUUGUCCUGGUGUCCAGCUUUGUCCCUGGAGCAUGUGCAAUCACAGUUGCUCUCUCCUUGGGCUAAGGGACAGUUGAUGAAAUCCUGGCUUGAUUACAGGCAAACACAAAUGAACUGCAAAUGCAUGAGAAAAGGUGUCUGUGCUCUGUAGAGGAUAGUCUGGUAUGAAUGCUUGGGCCUUACUGAUUACAUGGGUUAGUCUAGAAAGAAAAUGGAAAAAUGUGUGAUCUUUUACAGAAACUGCCUUUGAAAAUUGGUCUUUUGGUUUCAAGAAAAUUGGUCUUUUGGUUUCAAUGCUUGUGUGCUGGAUUAGGUGCUUGAGCAUAAAAUACUGAUUUUGAGGGUUUUUUCCCUACCUGUAAAGGAAAGGUGCCUCAGUCUUACUAUUCAUCACUUUGGAGAAAUUUUGGACACCUUAAUUCCCAGAAGAGGGAUAUUUGGCAGGUUGUAGUGGGAAAUUCACAGUGUUAGCAUAAGGAAUGAUACAUCCAGCAGCAAAAGCACACUUCAAAUUGAAGCAAUGUACUUGAGUGUACAUGAAGCUUAUCAGCACUUUCCAAUCAUGUGAUGUUUUGCAAAGAACCAACUUCCCUCAUGAGCUGCAUUUGACACUGUUACAAAUAAAGCAUUGUAUUUAACUGA